AAAUGAGCCCCAUAAAUAAAAACCAACUGAAAUAAAAAAAAAAUCCGACCUGAACAAUUUGAUGAUAGACUACCAUUAAAAACCCAUUGACUUGGCACACUCAGAGAAGUUGGACCAAAAUCGACCUUGCAGACUAGGUUUACGCAAGCUCCAUUUUCGACAAUUCAGUGCAAAUUCCAGUUUCUGAGAGCAAACCUUUGUUGAAUUGAUUAGCUUGAAUUUGCGAAUGGACGGAGACGAGCUUACCGAGCAGGAGACUGCCUUGUACGACCGCCAGAUUAGGGUUUGGGGCGCCAAUGCUCAAAGAAGAUUGACCAAAUCUCAUAUCUUGGUAUCUGGAAUAAAGGGAACUGUUGCUGAGUUUUGCAAGAACAUUGUUCUGGCAGGAGUUGGUAGCGUUACUCUAAUGGAUGAUAGUUUAGUGAGCGAGGAGGCCUUGAACGCUAACUUCGUGAUUCCGCCUGAUGAAAACGCUUACAGAGGCAAAACUGUGGCUGAGAUGUGUUGUGACUCACUCAAGGACUUUAACCCUAUGGUCCUUGUUUCUGUAGAGAAAGGUGAUUUGUCAACACUUGGCACUGAUUAUUUCGAGAAGUUUGAUGUGGUCGUUAUAGGCUACGGUUCUCUUGCUACCAAAAAAUCUGUGAAUGAAAAAUGUCGGAAGUUAUCGAAACGUGUGGCAUUCUAUACAGUCGAUUGUAGAGACUCAUGUGGUGAAAUCUUUGUCGACCUUCAAAAUUACAAGUACACAAAGAAAAAGCUGGAAGAGACUGUUGAAUGCGAACUCAAUUAUCCGAGCUUUCAGGAAGCUAUAUCAGUACCUUGGAAACCGAUUCCUCGGAGAACAGCAAAGCUCUACUUUGCAAUGAGAGUAAUCGAAGUGUUUGAGGAGAGUGAAAGGCGUAAACAUGGAGAAUGCUCACUGCUCGAUCUUGCCACAGUCUUGGAGAUCAAAAGGAAACUCUGUGAGGCAAACUCUGUGAGCGAGAGUCAUAUACCAGAUAGCCUCUUGGAGAGACUUAUCACUGGUAAUACCGAAUUCCCACCAGCUUGUGCCAUUGUAGGAGGAAUCUUAGCACAGGAAGUGAUCAAAGCGGUAUCAGGCAAAGGGGAUCCAUUAAAGAACUUCUUCUACUUUGAUGCUCAAGAUGGGAAAGGUGUGAUGGAAGAUAUUUCCAACUCUUUUGCCUCUUAGGUCUUAAGUAACCAGUGAGUCCUAAUUUUCAUCUAACUCUGUUGAUCUAUGAGGUUCUUUUUAUGUCUCUAUCAUUUGCUUUGCAUUUAUGUUAUGAAGAUAACAACAAUGUGCAAAGUUUCCGGAAGUGAUUUUUAUUAUUUUUUUAAGAAAGAUUGUGAAAGAAGUGAUCAGUUAUGAUUUUCCUUAUAAUUGAUUUUUCAGUUAUCGAUA